GUUAUUAAAUCAAUGAUAUGCUAGAUCUCUUUAAAUUAAGAAAGAAGCUCUUUGUGAGAAAGUAGGAAUUUCCGCAAAUAAUAGGCAAAAUAAACGAGAAAUAUUAGCAUAGGGGAAUCGGAAUCCUACCAGAAGAGGAGGGUUUUGGCUGUGGUUAGAGAGUGAAUCCAUUGAAGAAGGCCGCUACCUGCUUUCUCGCUAACCAAAUCACUUCCUGUAUCCACUUGAUCUUCAAUCUCGAAAGCCUGAUUGUGACACAGAUACAGGAUUUUCGUUAGUUUUCUAUCAGGAUUCCGUUCGCCGCCGAGCUGUAGAGAGCGAUUUUGGUUGCAGACCUCACCCGCUGUAAAUAAUCGCAAAUUGUACACAUAUCUGCAGCAGCGUACUCUAAUGCAGUCGAGAUUGGGGUUAGGGUUUUGAGAUUUUUGCCAUUGGAGCUUGCUUGCUUGCACAGGUAUAUUUAGGAUGGCUCUCGCAACGACAGCACAGUCAAGUCGCUACAUUGGUCCAGCGGCUGCCACCGGAGCUAACAACCUCGACGCUCUUAACCGAGUGCUUGCUGACCUGUCCGUCCGCGGCAAUCCAAAGGAUGGAGCUGCUCCGGCACUGAGAAGAUAUGUCGAAGAGCAAGCUCGUGAUCUCAGUGGUGAAGCGUUUUCACGUUUUAUGGAUCAGCUGUACGAUCGGCUUACUGGACUUCUAGACAGCAAUGAUGUUGCUGAAAAUUUGGGUGCUUUGAGGGCCAUUGAUGAGCUAAUAGAUGUGGAAAUCGGGGAGAAUGCAGUCAAAGUGGGGAAAAUCGCAAAUUACAUGCGAACUGCGUUUGAGGCAAAGCGUGAACCUGAAACUUUAGUUAUUGCUAGUAAAGUUUUGGGCCACUUGGCAAGAGCAGGUGGAGCAAUGACAGCUGAUGAAGUGGAGAGGCUGGUUAGAAUUGCAUUGGAUUGGCUUCGUGGUGAUCGAGUCGAAUAUCGCCGUUUUGCUGCUGUUUUAAUUUUAAAAGAAAUGGCUGAAAAUGCUUCAACUGUAUUCAAUGUGCAUGUUCCGGAGUUUGUUGAUGCCAUAUGGGUUGCUCUGAGGGAUCCAAAACUGGAUGUUCGAGAGCGUGCCGUAGAAGCAUUGCGUGCUUGCCUUCGUGUCAUUGAGAAGCGUGAGACACGAUGGCGAGUCCAAUGGUAUUAUCGUAUGUUUGAGGCUACACAAGAUGGAUUGGGAAGAAAUGCCCCUAUACAUAGCAUACAUGGCUCUCUGCUUGCAGUUGGGGAACUGCUGAGAAAUACAGGCGAGUUUAUGAUGUCCAGAUACAGAGAAGUUGCUGAAAUUGUUCUUCGAUAUUUAGAGCAUCGGGAUCGGCUUGUUCGUCUAAGCAUAACUUCUUUGCUUCCAAGAAUUGCUCAUUUCCUACGUGAUCGUUUUGUAACCAACUAUCUGACGAUUUGCAUGAAGCAUAUUCUUCAUGUCCUCAAAAUCCCUGCAGAAGCUGCCAGUGGGUUUAUUGCCCUCGGAGAAAUGGCUGGUGCAUUGGAUGGGGAACUCAUCAAUUAUUUGCCGACAAUAACAUCUCACUUACGUGAUGCGAUUGCUCCUCGCAGAGGGAGACCGUCCAUGGAGGCUUUGGCAUGUGUUGGAAAUAUUGCAAAAUCCAUGGGGCCUUCUAUGGAGCCUCAUGUACGUAGUCUCUUGGAUGCGAUGUUUUCGGUUGGGUUGUCUUCCACCCUAGUGGAAGCCCUUGAGAACAUAACUGGCAGUAUUCCAUCUUUGCUUCCAACCCUUCAAGUACGCUUACUUGAGUGCAUUUCAGGAGUUCUUUCUCGACACCAACAAGUUCAGCCAAGGCCUUCUGUUGCUCUUAGUCGAACCAGUAGCUCAGCAGCUACUUUACAAGUAUCAGAACCCAAUGGUUCUGCUCUUGUUCAACUUGCCUUACAAACUCUUGCCCGAUUUAAUUUUAAGGGUCACGAUCUUCUUGAGUUUGCAAGAGAAUCUGUUGUGGUAUACUUGGAAGAUGAGGAUGGAGGUACACGGAAAGAUGCUGCUUUAUGUUGUUGCAAAUUAAUGGCAAAUUCUUUGUCUGGUAUCUCCGCUGCCCAGUUUAGUUCUAGUAGGACAAGCCGUGCCAGUGGAAAAAGGCGCCGCCUUGUUGAGGAGAUUGUGGAAAAGCUUCUGAUUGCAGCAGUUGCUGAUGCUGAUGUCGCUGUUAGGCGAUCUAUAUUUUCCUCUCUGCACGAGGGUGGAGAAUUUGAUGAUUUUCUUGCACAGGCUGAUUGUUUGACUGCAGUGUUUGCUGCUUUGAACGAUGAGGAUUAUGAAGUUCGGGAAUUUGCAAUUUCAGUGGCUGGAAGGCUGUCUGAGAAAAAUCCUGCAUAUGUUCUUCCAGCACUCCGUCGCCAUCUUAUCCAACUAUUAACAUAUCUAAAACAAAGUGCUGAUAGCAAAUGUAGAGAAGAAAGUGCAAAAUUGUUGGGGUGUUUAAUUCGCAAUUGUGAGAGAUUAAUACUCCCAUAUAUUGCUCCAGUACACAAGGCCCUUAUUGCAAAACUCAAUGAAGGAACUGGGGUGAAUGCUAAUAAUGGCAUUAUAAGCGGAGUCCUGGUAACUGUUGGAGAUCUUGCUAGAGUGGGUGGUUUUGCAAUGAGACAAUACAUUCCAGAACUUAUGCCUUUGAUUGUUGAAGCCUUAUUAGAUGGUGCUGCCGCCAUGAAACGGGAAGUGGCUGUCACCACUCUUGGUCAAGUGGUACAAAGCACAGGUUAUGUUAUAACUCCAUAUAAUGAGUACCCACAGUUACUUGGGUUGCUUCUAAAACUACUCAAUGGUGAGCUAGCUUGGUCUACGAGACGUGGAGUUUUAAAGGUUCUUGGGAUAAUGGGUGCUUUAGAUCCGCACGCACAUAAGCGAAACCAACUAAGCUUACCAGGGUCGCAUGGUGAAGUUGUUCGUGCAGCUGGUGAUCCUGGUCAGCAUAUUAGGUCUAUGGAUGAACUACCUAUGGAUUUGUGGCCAUCUUUUGCCACAUCAGAAGAUUAUUAUUCCACUGUUGCUAUCAGUUCCCUCAUGCGUAUUUUUAGAGAUCCUUCACUUUCUAGUUACCACCAAAAGGUGGUCGGAUCCCUUAUAUUCAUAUUCAAGUCAAUGGGUCUCGGCUGUGUUCCUUAUUUACCCAAGGUUCUACCCGAUCUCCUCCAUACUGUUCGUACUUGUGAUGAUUUUCUUAAGGAGUAUAUUAUAUGGAAACUUGGAACUCUGGUUUCUAUAGUUCGGCAGCAUAUUCGUAAAUAUCUGCCAGAUUUGUUAUGUCUAGUAUCAGAAUUAUGGUCAUCGUCAUUCGCUCUUCCUGCUUCUAACAGACUAGUUCAUGGAUCUCCGAUUCUCCAUUUGCUGGAGCAACUUUGUUUGGCUCUGAAUGAUGAAUUUAGAACACAUCUUCCUUUUAUUCUUCCAUCAUGUAUUCAAGUCCUAAGUGAUGCCAAGAGGUUUAAAGACUAUACUUAUGUCACUGAUAUUCUUCGCACUCUUGAAGUUUUUGGUGGAACCUUGGAUGAGCAUAUGCAUCUUCUACUUCCGGCUCUAAUUCGAAUUUUUAAAGCCAAUGCUUCAGUAGAAGUGCGGUGUGCUGCUAUCAGAAGUCUUAUUAGGUUGAUUCCUCGCGUGCAGGUCACGGGCCACAUAUCAGCUCUUGUGCAUCACUUGAAGCUCGUCUUGGAUGGGAAAAGUGACGAGCUUAGAAAGGAUGCUGUUGAUGCACUUUGUUGUCUAGCUCAGGCUCUUGGAGAAGACUUCGCUAUCUUCAUUCCUUCUAUCCGUAAACUUUUGGUUAAGCAUCGAAUGCGGCAUAAGGAUUUUGAAGAAAUUGAAGGUCGCUUGCAGAGAAGGGAACCAUUGGUUCUUGGCAACGCUGCUUCUCAGAAACAAAAUCGUCGGUUCCCUGGUGAAGUUAUCAGUGACCCACUAAGUGAUACGGAGGAAGAAGGAAGGACUGAUCCACAAAAACCUCAUCAGGUUAAUGAAUCUCGAUUACGUGCUGCUGGUGAGGCCUCUCAACGCAGUACAAAAGAAGACUGGGCGGAGUGGAUGAGGCACUUUAGUAUUGAACUACUAAAGGAAUCGCCUUCUCCAGCUUUGAGAACAUGUGCCAAGCUUGCCCAGCUUCAGCCUUUUGUUGGAAGGGAAUUGUUUGCUGCUGGUUUUGUCAGCUGCUGGACUCAGCUGAAUGAGGCUUGUCGAAGACAGCUAGUACGGAGCUUGGAAAUGGCAUUUUCAUCUCCAAAUAUUCCUCCUGAAAUUCUUGCUACACUUUUGAACUUGGCUGAGUUUAUGGAACAUGACGAGAGACCCCUUCCUAUUGAUAUACGGCUAUUGGGUGCCCUUGCAGAAAAGUGUCGUGCAUUUGCAAAGGCUCUGCACUAUAAGGAGAUGGAAUUUGAAGGUGCCUGCUCAAAUAGGAUGGAUGGUAAUCCUGUUGCUGUAGUUGAGGCCCUUAUCCAUAUAAAUAAUCAAUUGCACCAACAUGAGGCGGCAGUUGGAAUAUUGACAUAUGCUCAACAAAAUCUGGGUGUGCAACUGAAGGAGUCAUGGUAUGAGAAACUUCAACGAUGGGAUGAUGCUCUAAAAGCUUACACUGUAAAAGCCACUCAAGCAUCAACUCCACAUCUGGUUUUGGAUGCAACACUAGGGCGAAUGAGAUGCCUUGCUGCACUUGCACGGUGGGAAGAACUCAACAAUCUCUGCAAGGAGUACUGGACACCUGCUGAGCCAGCUGCUCGACUGGAAAUGGCACCAACGGCUGCUAUUUCUGCGUGGAACAUGGGUGAGUGGGAUCAAAUGGCAGAAUAUGUUUCUCGAUUGGAUGAUGGAGAUGAAACCAAGCUUCGGGUCUUGGGUAAUACUGCUGCUACUGGGGAUGGGAGUAGCAAUGGAACUUUUUUUAGAGCUGUAUUGUUAGUUCGUCGUGGGAAGUAUGAUGAAGCACGUGAAUAUGUUGAAAGAGCAAGGAAAUGCUUGGCCACAGAAGUUGCUGCAUUGGUUGUUGAAAGCUAUGAACGUGCUUACAGCAACAUGGUUCGCAUCCAGCAACUGUCAGAAUUAGAGGAGGUUAUGGAUUACUGCACCCUUCCCGUUGGAAACACGGUAGCUGAAGGACGGAGGGAUCUUAUCCGCAAUAUGUGGAAUGAACGCAUAAAGGGCGCAAAACGAAAUGUUGAGGUUUGGCAAGCACUUUUGGCUGUCAGGUCACUUGUUCUGCCACCUACAGAAGAUGCAGAGACAUGGAUAAAAUUUGCAUCACUUUGCCGUAAAAGUGGCAGAAUCAGUCAGGCUAGAUCAACAUUAACAAAACUCUUACAGUUUGAUCCUGAAACAACUCCUGAAACUGUAAGAUAUCACGGGGACCCACAAGUUAUUCUAGCUUAUUUGGAAUAUCAAUGGUCAAUUGGGGAUGAACAUAAACGGAAGGAUGCCUUUUGCAGACUAAAGGAUUUGGCAUCGGACCUUUCAAGAACCAAUGUGCAUCAACCAACCACACAGUCUGGCAUACAUGGUUGCUCAAAUGUGUCUCUCAUUGCACGAGUUUAUCUUAAAUUAGGAACUUGGCAAUGGGCACUUUCCCCUGUUCUGGAUGACGACUCUAUACCAGAAAUCCUUGGUGCAUUCCGACAUGCGACUCAUUCUGCUACUAAAUGGGCCAAAGCUUGGCAUAAAUGGGCUCUUUUUAAUACAGCAGUUAUGUCUCAUUACACUUUGAGGAGUUUCCCUAGUAUUGCUUCACAGUUUGUCGUUGCUGCUGUCACUGGAUAUUUUCACUCAAUAGCUAGUGCGGCUCAUGCUAAGGGAGUGGAUGAUAGUUUGCAGGAUAUCCUUCGUCUCCUGACUUUAUGGUUCAACCAUGGAUCUACAACUGAAGUUCAGAUGGCAUUGCAGAGAGGCUUUUCCCUUGUUAGUAUAAACACAUGGCUGGUUGUUUUGCCUCAGAUAAUUGCCAGAAUACAUUCCAAUAACCAUGCCGUAAGGGAACUGAUACAAUCGCUAUUAGUGCGAAUUGGCCAUAGUCAUCCACAGGCUCUUAUGUAUCCUCUUCUCGUGGCAUGUAAAUCUAUUAGCAAUUUAAGGAGAGAGGCAGCGCAAGAAGUGGUUGAUAUAGUUCGACAACAUAGUGGUAUACUAGUGGAUGAGGCCCAACUUGUGUCCACGGAGUUGAUCCGAGUUGCAAUACUUUGGCAUGAGAUGUGGCAUGAGGCUUUGGAAGAGGCAAGCCGCUUAUACUUUGGUGAACAUAACAUUGAAGGAAUGUUGAAUGUUUUAGAGCCAUUGCAUAAUAUGCUCGAGGAAGGUGCAGCAAGGAAUAAUUCCACUAUUAAAGAGAAAGCCUUCAUUCAGGCAUACCGGCAUGAACUUCUGGAGGCCUAUGAAUGCUGCAUGAGAUACAGAAGAACUGGAAAUGAUGCAGACUUAACUCAGGCUUGGGAUCUGUAUUACCAUGUGUUUCGGCGUAUAGAUAAGCAGCUUCAAACUUUGACCACUCUGGACUUGCAGUCUGUCUCUCCAGAGCUAUUGGAAUGUCGUGAUCUGAAACUAGCUGUGCCUGGAACCUAUAUAGCUGAUUCACCUGUGGUGACAAUUGCAUCAUUUGCACCCCAGCUUGUUGUCAUCACGUCCAAACAACGACCUCGAAAGUUGACAAUCCAUGGAAGUGACGGGGAAGAACAUGCUUUCUUGUUGAAGGGGCAUGAAGAUUUACGCCAAGAUGAGCGUGUCAUGCAGCUAUUUGGUUUAGUAAAUACUCUGCUGGGAAAUUCUAGAAAAACUGCUGAGAAGGAUCUCUCUAUUCAAAGAUAUUCAGUCAUUCCACUAUCCCCAAACAGCGGUCUCAUAGGAUGGAAGCCAAAUUGUGAUACCUUGCACCAACUCAUUCGUGAGUACAGAGAUGCUAGAAAGAUCACGCUGAACCAGGAGCAUAAGUUGAUGCUUAGUUUUGCUCCAGAUUAUGACCAUUUGCCUCUCAUAGCAAAGGUUGAGGUGUUUGACUAUGCACUGCAGAAUACAGAAGGCAAUGACCUUUCGAGGGUGCUCUGGCUAAAGAGUCGCACUUCGGAAGUCUGGUUGGACAGGAGGACCAACUAUACAAGAAGCUUAGCUGUGAUGAGCAUGGUUGGUUACUUGCUUGGCUUGGGUGAUCGGCAUCCAAGCAACCUAAUGCUGCAUCGAUUCAGUGGAAAGAUACUGCACAUCGACUUUGGGGAUUGUUUUGAAGCUUCAAUGAACCGAGAAAAGUUCCCAGAAAAGGUUCCUUUUCGGCUAACUCGAAUGCUUGUUAAAGCAAUGGAGGUCAGUGGUAUUGAAGGAAAUUUCCGCUCCACUUGUGAAAGUGUCAUGCAGGUUUUGCGGACUCACAAAGAUAGUGUUAUGGCAAUGAUGGAGGCAUUCGUGCACGAUCCCCUGAUAAACUGGCGUCUUUUCAACUUCAAUGAAGUCCCUCAAAUGGCUACCCUCACAAAUACACAUACCCAACCCGCUGUCAGCGGAGAGGAAUCUGUCGCCAAUAGAGAGAUGCUUCAACCACAGCGGGGUGUUCGAGAGAGGGAGCUCCUCCAGGCUGUAAACCAAUUGGGCGACGCUAAUGAGGUUCUGAAUGAGAGAGCGGUUGUUGUCAUGGCAAGGAUGAGCAACAAACUUACCGGAAGGGAUUUCUCUUCCGUACCAUCGAGCUCCAUCCAACAUUCCCUCGAGCACAGUACCUUGAUUUCUGGCGACACUCAUGAGGCUGACCAUGGAUUAUCCGUCAAAUUACAAGUCCAGAAGCUUAUUCUUCAAGCAAUGUCGCAUGAAAAUUUGUGCCAAAACUAUGUGGGGUGGUGUCCUUUCUGGUAAUAAGGUUUGAAGAUGAAGAAAAACACAUGCAUCAAAUGUUUGGAGUUGUAAAUGCUCUCUCAUCGACAACAGGUGACUAUUUAGUGGAGACAACUUCUUUGUAAAUAAUUUAGCUUUCUUGGACAAGUAGAAUCUUAUCCAAUUUCAGGUUGCUGUAUUUCUGUAUAUAUUUGUGUAAAUAUUGUACAGAUCCCUCAACUAAUUUGUAAAUAGUACUCCAUAUACUUCAUCA